GUUGCGCUCCGUUCCUGCCCGCCCCUGCCAUGGCUGCUCCGGGCACCGCUAGUCUCCUGCGGGCCGCCGCGGCCUCCUCCCGCCGCUGGCUCCUGGCCGCGUCCCGGGGAAGGCCGGGCGGGGACAACGUUGCUGCCCGGACACCGGGCCGGUUCUUCGGCGUCUCCGCCCGGGCGCGGCUCAGCUCAGAAGAUAAAGUAACUGUCCACUUCAUAAACCGUGAUGGGGACAAACUAACAGCUGAAGGGAAAGUUGGGGACUCGCUGCUAGAUGUUGUUGUUGAUAAGAAUCUAGAUAUAGAUGGAUUUGGUGCAUGUGAAGGAACAUUGGCCUGCUCCACUUGCCACUUAAUCUUUGAAGACCACAUAUUCGAGAAAUUAGAUGCAAUUACUGAUGAGGAGAUGGACAUGCUGGACCUAGCCUAUGGACUGACAGAAACAUCAAAUUCACUCCAUCACCUUUGCUUUUCUUCAGCCAACCUUAGCAUCUGAGCUAUUCAACCCACUGCCUUCCUUCACUGUCACAUAUAACCCAGAAUUCCUAGCUUUUUAUACUGCUGAGGUGUGGAGAGAAAAUAUUUAUUAAUAGCACAACUGACCCUGGAAAUCAUUACAAGUAAUCACAGAUGGAUGGGAGAGGUUUGCUUCAUCAGACUCCUUUUGUAUGCAGAGGAAAACUGCUCCGUAGCUCCACUAAACACCACUGAGUAAAUAACUUCAUGUCCUCUUUAUCUGAAGUUCUCCUUCUAUGCAUAUAUUUUUUUAAAACCUUUUUCAGUUAUUUAUAACCAUUGUUAAUAAAGAAAUGCACCUUUUUGCUCUUGUAAUUUUAGAACUUCUAGCUAUAAUUACAAGCCAAUGUCUUUCAUUUGGGGCACCUUGCUAAUUUUGGGGUGUGUGUGUGUGUGUGUUAGUUACUUUUAAAAGGUUUUAGGAAUUCUCUUGAUGCUCUACUCCUCCCCCCAGCCCAGGUUUCAAAAUUAAAACUAGUAGGCAAUUAGGGCUUUUAAUAGUGCUUAUCAGCAGCUGAAGUGGUGUUUUACUUAUUUUAUUAUUCGAGAUGAACUACCUGUUUCGUUUUCCAAACUUCGCUUUUUUUAAUAAAGAGUAAAAGCCAACCUAAUUGAGUAAAAGCAAAAUUGAAAGCCUCAAACAUUGGCUUCAAUAUUUAGACCAUCAGUAGUUCUUCAGAUUGUUUAUAUGUGUUUUUCCCAGUUGUAUACCUACUCCAUGCACUUCAGAUCGCAAUCUUUUGGCUAGCAGUGUCUGUGGGAGUCAUGUGUGCACCCUGAGUACCUUUGCAACCUCCCAUUCAAGAGCAUAAAGGGCAGGGUAGGGCCAAACAUCCCUCAGUACCUUGC